AGCAGUCUGUUUACCUUCGGUCUCCCCUGUGUUUGUUUUUUAACGCUCCGCGUGUCCUCUGCAGCAGGUCAUGUAUGCCUCACCUUCUAUAAAAGUGUGAUAUUUUAGUGUGUUCGGUAAUGCGGGUGCCGGUGCGGUGGGUGCUGUGGGAUGUGAAGGACACCUUGCUGAAGGUGCGGCGCUCGGUUGGAGAGCAGUACUGCAGAGAAGCUCAGCAAGCAGGACUCCAGCUGUCCCCUGCUCAGGUGGAAACUGCCUUCAGACUGGCCUACAAGCAAAAAUCACAGCUAUUGCCAAACUAUGGCCGAGCUCAGGGCAUGGACAGCCAGGUCUGGUGGACUGGUCUAGUGAGGGACACUUUUGGCCAGUGUGGGGUCCAUGAUCCUGCUUUGCUGGACAAACUAGCCAACAAUCUCUAUCACAACUUUUGUGGACCAGAAAACUGGGAGGUGUUUUCAGAUUCUAACAGCACCCUGAAGUCCUGCACCGCUUUGGGACUCAAGCAAGGUGUUGUUUCCAACUUCGACAGGCGUUUGGAAGGGAUCCUGAGGGGAUGCGGUCUUCUCACUCACUUCUCAUUUAUUGUGACCUCAGAAGACGCCAGGGUUGCUAAACCAGACCCUGCCAUAUUUAGCCAAGCACUGGAGCGGUGUGGAGUUCCUGCCUCCAGUGUAGUGCAUGUUGGGGACCAUUAUGUGAAAGACUAUCUGACCUCUCGCUCUUUGGGAAUUCGAGGUUACCUUCUCAACAGAAAAGACGGUCAAAAGACGCACCUUGAUAUUCCUCCAGAGCAUAUACUGCAAAGCUUAGAUGAACUACCGGCUCGACUGCAGCAUAACACAGACUGAGUGUGUGUAAUAUAUAGUUUAGAUUUAAUUUAAUUCUGUAAUGUACUGUCAUUUUAUUUAAUUGUUAUUCUGCUCUUUAAUUAUUUGAAUAACUGAGUUGUCUAAUUGUUAUCCACUGCUUUGUUUAAAAGUAAAUUUUGAUAUGAUGCAGCUCUCAAAUUCAUUAGGUAUGACUGACUGACAGCUAUAGUGCCACAUAUAAACUCACUAGACACUUUAUUAGGUACACCUUGUUCAUACUUGGUUGGACCCCAUUCAGAACUGACUUAAUUCUUAAUAUUGAAUAGAAAGUACUGGAAGACAUUAGCACAUACUGACAUGUUGGCAUCACUCAGUUGCUGAAGAUUUCUUAGCUUCACAUCCAUGGUGUGAAUUUCCCAUCCACCACAUAUUAAAGCUGCUUUGUUGAACUGA